CUUCAAAUUUAAUGUCAAAAUUUAAAAAUCAAAUGUAAGUUUUUGGGAAAUGUUGAAGUUGUUUAGACUAUGUCAACGUUUUGAUUUAAUAAAUAGAAUUAGACAAUGUAGAUUAAAUCAAGAAAAAGCUAGAUCAAUUAGUUUGUUGUCGAAAAAUGUGGAAAUUUUGCCUAAUUUUUUAAAUAAAGAGGAAAAACGUCGAAAAUGGCACGAAAAUCAAGGAAAAAGCAUAAAUUUAGUGUAUACCUUGACUAUAGCAGGAUUAUUAGGAGUAGUAAAUUGCGAUGCAAUCCUUAAAAUGAAGAAUAAGAGGUUUUUUAAAGUGGUUCAAUAUGGUGUUAUAGAUGAGCUUGAUAAUUUGUUGGAGAACAUUGAUGUUAAUAUAAGACAUCCACUGGGAUGGACUGUAUUAAUGCUUGCUGUGGUAAAUGGACAUUACAACAUAACUGAAAAAUUGCUAAAAAAAGGUGCCGAUCCUAACUUGGGUGAUAAUUUUGUGAAUAUUAACAGGACAGCCAAUGAAAAAGGAAUGCACCCUAUAGAAAUUUUAAUGGUAAGGGAAGAGGAAUUUAGUACAAAUUUGAAUAAUAAGGCAACAUUUCUUGGUUUCACUGCCCUGCAUUAUGCAGCUUUAUUAAAUAGUUUAGAAUUAUGUAAAUUAUUAGUGCAAUAUGGAGCUAAUCCUUGUAUAGAAAACGAUGCUGGUCAUAAACCUAUUAAAUAUGCUCUCAAAGAUGGUGCUGUGCAGAAGUUUUUAGAAAAAGAAACACAAAAAUUUGAGCAAAUUAAAAAACAAAAAGAAUUGGAAGAAAGGCGCCUGUAUCCCCUUGAAGAAAGGCUGAAGAAGUUCAUUGUGGGGCAAGAGGGUGCUAUAACUAUUGUUUCAGAAACUGUCAGAAGAAAAGAAAAUGGCUGGGCAGAUGAGGAACACCCUUUGGUGUUUUUAUUUUUGGGCUCCUCUGGUAUUGGCAAGACUGAACUUGCUAAACGUUUAGCUCACUAUAUUCAUAGGGAAAAUAAGGAUGCUUUUAUUCGACUGGAUAUGUCUGAAUAUCAGGAAAAACAUGAGGUGGCAAAACUUAUAGGAGCCCCUCCAGGUUACAUAGGUCACGAUGAAGGGGGUCAGCUAACGAAAAAGUUGAAAAAGUGCCCUUCUGCUGUCGUGUUAUUUGACGAGGUUGAUAAAGCCCAUCCUGACGUUUUAACUGUUCUUUUGCAACUUUUUGAUGAAGGUAGGCUGACAGAUGGGCAAGGCAAAACAAUUGAAUGCAAGGACGCCAUUUUUAUCAUGACGUCGAAUUUGGCUAGUGACGAAAUCGCGCAACAUGGCUUAGAUUUGAGGAGAGAAGUGGAAAAAUUGCACGAAAAUAGAUUGUCAAGCGAAAAAUCUAGGAUAAUAGACAACAUAAAAAUUUCGAGAAAAUGGAAGGACGACGUGGUAAAACCAAUUUUAAAGGGGCACUUCAAAAGGGACGAAUUUUUGGGGAGAAUCAAUGAAAUUGUCUAUUUUUUGCCCUUUUCUAGACACGAAUUAUUGCAGUUGGUUGGAAGAGAACUGGAUACAUGGGCCAAAAGGGCCAAAGACAAGCACAAGAUCGACAUCCAAUGGGAUCGCAGCAUAGAGUCGGCCCUCGCUGAUGGUUACGACGUGCACUACGGAGCAAGGUCGAUCAAAUACGAGGUUGAGCGGCGCGUUGUCAAUCAGCUUGCGGCUGCGCACGAAAAGGGUUUCAUAGGGAACGGGUCGACUGUGCACAUUUCUGCGCAGUACCCCGACGAAGCCGAUUCGGCGGUCAUCAAGUUGAAGGUUAAAAAUAAGGGGGUUAAAGAUUACGUGGAGAUUGAUUACAUGUAUACAACAAAACCAGAAUCAAUAAAUGAUUUGGAAAAUCGCAUACCAAUAUCACUACUGGUCGACAAUUUGAACAUAGUCCUUCGGAGGGGACUUUAA